AUGCGCGGCGACCGCCAUCUUGUUCCCACUGCUUUCUCGUCGAGCAGCAAGAACAAGGCGAAACACUCCUCUAUCCUCCACGUCCUCAUCCCUGCGGACCACAAAGAUGUCAAUCUUUGCAAGACGAUGCUCAGCGCUGCAGUGGCUGGGUACCCAACCCCUACGCUGAUCAACUGGGGCGCCACAUUUGACGAUAAAUCGCUAGUGGCUGGAGGUUCGCAUAUCGCCAAGAUCAGUGGUGUGCUCGAAUACCUGCGUAAACUUGGACCGGAACGCGACGACGACUUGGUAUUGCUGGUGGAUGGAUACGACAUCUGGUUUCAACUACGACCCAGCGCGUUAAUCUCGCGCUUCCACGCUAUCAACGACGCGGCGAAUGCGCGAAUACGGAAGACCAUGGGAUCGAGAGCCGCGGCUGCAGAGGGCAUAAGUCAGGAUAUUGUCUUCUCCGCGCAGAAGCGGUGUUGGCCGUGGAAACCAGAGGACCCCCCUUGUUAUGCUGUACCGCAGUCUUCGCUGCCAGAAGACAUCUACGGCCCGCAGACCGAUACCGAUAUCGGCUGGGAUAAGAAUCCAUACGUCAAGUUCCGUCAACGGUACCUCAACUCCGGAGAUGCCAUGGGCCGCGUGGGCGCGAUGAAAGCGCUCUUCGAACGCGCCAUGGAGAAGGCAGAUAAAGACCGCAACUUUGGCAGCGACCAGAAGAUCUUCAGUGAGAUUUUCGGCGACCAGGAAUUUCAACGCGAGGUCAUGAGACAACGGCACAGGUCUUUCUUCCAAAAGACGGGGGAUUGGUUGACGGGGAGAAAAAGCAUCCUCAGCCCGCAGUCCGAGCGGCAUUUGCGCGAGCACAAGGCUGGCAAGCCAGAUGAGUUUGGCAUCGGACUGGAUUAUGCCAGUCUGCUUGGUCAUCCGACAGUUUUCGCAGAAGAAGACUCAGCAUGGGUAACAUAUGACGACUCCAAGUCCAUCGCGCAAGCGUCUGCUGAACUCAACAUCGCGCCAGUACGCGUCCACGACCUUGCCCAGGACAUUACAGAGUCGCAACCACCAUUCCGCCCCGCAGUCGUCGCUCCAGAUGCGAAGUUUCCCGACAAGAAGUCUUGGAACGAUGUUCCUCUCUACACGAACAUGUGGACGAGUGUCGUUCCUGGCCUGAUCCACCACAAUGCGCAUCGAGAUGGGCUCAAGUCCCUCCGCGUUUCGGUCUGGGAUCGCAUGUGGUACUUCAAUCACACUAGGAAGUUGUACGAGUCGAAUGCCAUGGGACCGGUCGCGCCCGUUGCUGUAGUACAUGAUGAUGCGGGCGUGGAGCAGGCGUGGUGGAGCCCAAUCGCGGAGAAGGGCGGGGCAAAGUCGGACAAGGACGAAUGGCUGCCAUUCAAUGAUUUGUGCAAGGACUUUGAGAAAGAGGUGUUUAGAGAUGUUUAG